CUCGGGGGCCAUUUUGUGAAGAGACGGCGAGCGAACGGUCUUGAGCUGCUUGCCGGCUGUAGCUUCGGCGUCUCGGCACGGAACCGCAGUAGGAGAGGCAGUCUCUUCUCUCUCUCCAUCUUCUCGUGAGAUUUUUUUUUGAUCUUCAGCUACACUUUGUGUGAGACCUUGUAAUCAAAGGAGAUGGCUAGCAAUAUUACCAACAAAACAGACCCUCGAUCCAUGAAUUCCCGUGUAUUCAUUGGGAAUCUCAAUACACUUGUGGUCAAGAAGUCUGAUGUGGAGGCAAUCUUUUCAAAGUAUGGCAAAAUGGGUUGCUCUGUGCAUAAGGGCUUUGCCUUCGUCCAGUAUGUUAACGAAAGAAAUGCUGGAGCUGCUGGAGCUGGAGAGGAUGGUAGAAUGAUUGCUGGCCAGGUUUUAGAUAUUAAUCUGGCUGCAGAGCCAAAAGUGAACCGAGGAAAAGCAGGUGUGAAACGAUCUGCAGCGGAGAUGUACGGUUCCUCAUUUGAUUUGGACUAUGACUUUCAACAGGAUUAUUAUGACAGGAUGUACAGUUACCCAGCACAUAUUCCUCCUCCUCCUCUGAUUGCCCGAGCUGUGGUGCCUUCUAAAUGCCAGUGCGUUUCUGGAAACACCUCUCGAAGGGGGAAAAGUGGAUUCAAUUCGAAGAGUGGACAACGGGGAUCUUCAUCUAAGUCUGGAAAGUUGAAAGGUGAUGACCUUCAGGCCAUCAAGAAGGAGCUGACUCAGAUAAAGCAAAAAGUGGAUUCUCUGCUGGAAAGCCUGGAAAAAAUUGAAAAGGAACAAAGCAAGCAAGCAGACUUGUCCUUCUCAUCCCCAGUAGAGAUGAAGAAUGAAAAGUCUGAAGAAGAGCAGAGCAGUGCCUCUGUGAAAAAAGAUGAGACUAACAUGAAGAUGGAGUCUGAGGCCGGUGCAGAUGACUCUGCUGAGGAGGGUGACCUGCUGGAUGAUGAUGACAAUGAAGAUUGGGGGGAUGACCAGCUGGAGUUGAUCAAGGAUGAUGAAAAAGAGGCUGAGGAAGGAGAGGAUGACAGAGACAGCGCCAAUGGAGAGGAUGACUCUUAAGCACAUAGUGGAGUUUAGAAAUCAUUAUUCAUUUACCUAGGUGCUUGUGAGAGAUCAAAAUAACAGCAGAUCCUCUCCCCUAGAACAUCAGCAUAUUCUCACUGUUCACCCUCUCCUUAUCCUUCCUGUUUCAUUGAUUCAUAAUUGCCCUGCGCCUAGUUCCAUUUUCACUUCCUUUGAUGCUCCUUAGUAGUUUUGUUAAGUCUUACCUUGUAAGUCUUGCUUUUAAUUUUGAUACCUCUUUGACUUAGCAAUAAAAAGAUGUAUGGUUUUUAUCAACUGUCUCCAAAAUAAUCUCUUGUUAUGCAGGGAGUACAGUUCUUCCCAUUCCUAUGAUUUUGGUAGUUGCUUCCCUAACUGCAGAGGCAUCUCAUUUACUUGUAACCCCGAGAGCAGCUUUGCAUUAUAGGUGUGUGUUUCCCUCACAUGAGUGGGGCUGUUCAACAUGAAUGUAACCAUGUAUUUUUGUGAAUGAGAGUUGGCAUGUCAAAUGCAUCUUACAGGAAAAUAGUGUAAUAGUCUUAAUAUUUGUUUUCUAAAGUUAAUACCAUGGGUUAUUUUUGUGAACAGCCUGAUGUUUGGGAUCUUUUUCUCAAAAUAAACAAUUCCUUAUUAAA